AGUCUGAGUCGGCCCAGAACUGGGAGGCUGUGGGCGCCUAACGCCUCCAAGUCAGACAAAAUGCGCUUCUACGUCAACGUGUGUCACAAAGUCCUCCAGCAGGGGGCCACCAGUACAUGCCCCGAGGACGCUGCCAUCUGCGCCGUGGGAAAAGACAAAGUUGUCAGCUUGGGCAAAUUCCUCACCUCCCCGACAAAAAGAAAUGACAGCAACGACAUACGCCUGGUCUACACAGAGGGAGAUGAAUGUAGGAAGAACAUGAAAGUGAAGAGCAUCAUGAUUCUGAAAUGCAAGCCAGGUGAUCUAGAAAGUGCUCCCAUCAUGCGGCACAUGUCCAGUGAUGGCUGUGUGUAUGAGUUUGAGUGGUACACGGCUGCAGCCUGUGUUAUGUCCAGGACAGUCGGGGACAACUGCAAGGUGGAAGACCCCCAAGCUGGAUUCUCAUUUGACCUGUCCCCCUUGUCUAAACCCGGAGGAGGCUUUUACAAUAUGUCCAACGGAGAUUAUGACUAUUUCAUUAAUGUCUGUGGCUCUGUCACUGCAGCCAAAUGCCCUCUGAAAGCCGGGGCCUGUCAGGUGGACCAGAGUGGCUCGAACUCAUGGAGCCUGGGGGAGUUUAACUCUCAGCUGUCCUACUAUGACGGGAUGAUCAAGCUGUCCUACAGCAACGGCUCUCGGUACAACAACGUGCAGCACACACUGCGCUCCACCAUGAUCUCAUUCCUCUGUGACCGAGAGGCCGGCGCCGGCAAGCCUGAGUUCCAGGUUGAGGACAAGUACACCUAUAACUUCAGGUGGUAUACAUCCUACGCCUGCCCAGAGAGGCCACAUGAGUGUGUGGUGACAGACCCCAAUACACUGGACCAGUAUGACCUGUCCAG